CACUUUCCAGCUCAGGCCAGCUCAUCGUGAACAGUUUCCUUAUCUUCCAUUCCCCUACAUUCAGGUUUAUACCCGGCCGACCACAUCGUAUCCAUUGGCAUUCGGGCGCAAUGUUGAAAUCGACGCUGUCGGCCUUAUGGCUGGCCACGCUCGCCUGGGGUGCGGUCCAGGCGGACGAGGAUGGUAAUGUGAAGAGCAUAGGGUUGCGAACACACACGCUCGUCCAGCCAUACCUAGACUCCGACAUGCAAAGUCGCUGGUACGACUUUGGCGGCGAUACCAUCAUCCGCACCGAUCAGUACAUCCGUCUGACUUCUGACCACCCGUCACAAAACGGAUGGCUCUUCUCCAGAGUGCCAUUGACGGCGACGAACUGGGAAGUCGAGGUGGAGUUCAAGAUCCACGGGAAGAAUCAGUUGUAUGGCGACGGCUUCGCUAUGUGGCUCACGAAGGAGCGCGGGAAAGUUGGCCCGGUAUUCGGCAGCGCCGACAAGUUCGAGGGCCUGGGCAUCUUUUUCGACACAUACAAGAACAACAGGCCCGGGGUCGUUUUCCCCUAUGUCAUGGCCAUGGUCGGCGACGGCAAGACGUCGUACGAUAAAGACACGGAUGGCAAGGACACCGAGUUUGCUGGCUGUUCGGCCAGGGGCAUCCGACACGCUAGCGUGCCAACCAAGCUCCGUUUGACCUACUUCCAGGACAAGUACCUCAAGCUGGAGCUGCAGUACAAGUCCGAGGGCGAGUGGUCGCUGUGCUUCGAAACGAGCGAGCCGCCUGCGAUCCCCCAAGUUGCUUACCUUGGCUUCAGUGCUGAGACGGGCGAGCUGAGCGACAACCACGAUAUCAUCUCGAUCAGGGCCAAGAACCUGUACACGGCCCAGCCGAGCGGCAAAUCUACCCCUGGUAGCGGCAGAGGCAAGAAGACGGCCACUAAGGAGGGCGGCAGCUGGACAUGGUUCUUUAUGAAAGUCUUCUUUUUCUUUGCGCUCAUCGGCGGCGGCUAUGUCGGGUAUACCGCCUGGAGAGCGAACAGCAAGCGGAGCCACCGCUUCUGAGGGUCCAGAUCUGUCUCGGAAGCGCUUGGUGAAUGCGAAUUCACUGUCCAUUACGGAAGAAAGACAAAAGAUACCAUACAUAGCCGGCUUUUUGCAUGAGGAAAAGGGGUAACAACGCUUGCAGCACUUACUUUGUAUCAGUAACAUGCGUCGGGAGUCUUGGACGGAGUUUAGCGUCUCUGUAACAGUUUCCCAACGACCUCUGGUCUACUGCUACCUAAGGUACCUAAUAAGCUCUAAGGUAUGUGUUGCAUUAUGUCAACCAUCCAUUGAAGAGUACCGGUAUCGAUGGCCUGCCAUAGCCCAUAGGACACACUAGCUGGUUUCUAGCACUUUCGGUGUGCUAUGAUCAGUUAUCUAUCCGUGGAGUAGCUGGUAUGCGUUUGUACACGUGUGCAGUACAGGAUUCACCGUAAACUCA